AUGGAGAAUCACCGAGAGCAAGACCAGGAGCAAGAGCAUAAAAUGUACGGAGGAGAGAUUCCAGAAGAAGCAGAGAUGGAUGCCAAUGUCGACAUGUCUAGGGCUGAGGAAGAAGAAGACCCUAAUGCUAAGGACUUGCAGGAGAUGAAGAAGAGACUCAAGGAGAUAGAAGAGGAAGUUGGUGCCCUUCGCGAAAUGCUGGCCAAAGUUGAAAAGGAAAUGGGCGUUGUUCAAGAUUCUUCUAGUGGGUCUACUACACAGGCUGAGAAGGAAUAA